AUGACGCGCGCUUUGCUGGCGGCUUUGGUGGCGACCCUCCUCGUGCGAGAGGUCGCCGCCUCGCGACCGGUGCCGGUUGCCGCCCCCGCCCCGACGGAUACCGUCCUGAGCUUGUGCGACUGCGCGUUCGAGGAGUACGGAGGGAACUUAAACGAGCCCCAAGACGGGUUAGCGUGCAAGCGAGAUGGGUUCUUCGUCGCCGGGUUCGAGACCCCGGGGCAGUACGCGCAGACUCACGGGAGUUUCAUACCGCUGAGCCGAGCGAUCUGCUGUCGCCCGUGCCUCGCGCCGGGGACGACGAGUCUCCCGGGCGUGGGCAACGUCAGCGCGUUCGAGUCGGUCAUCGCGUCGAACUGCCAGGCGUCGAAACGCGCGGGGAAGUCGUCGGAUUCGUCCAUAAAAGGCCUAUCCUGCCCCGCGGACUCGUUCCUACAGGGCUUUCUCCACGACGUCCGCGCGAACCCGCAGAGCCCGAGUCAGUACUACUACCCGUUCGACCUCGGGCAGUGCUGCUCGCCGCGCGUGUUGCUCGCGAACGGCGCGGAGCUUCCCGUCGAGCGCUGUCAGUGCACGCGGAACUCCGCGGCGUACGCCGUGGGAUGCGGCGCGGCGAACACCCCGGAUUCCGCCGCCGCUUCCGGCGGUUUAAUUUUCGCGUUCGAGAACUCUCUCGCGGCGGCGAGUCCGUCCGGGGAACCCGUCGACGUCCCGGUCAGCCCGGUGAGGUGCUGCAAGGCGUGCAUCUCGCCGAACGCGAAACCUUCGAUGGACGACUGCUCCGCGCUCGACUUUUGCCGCGGGAACGGCGACUGCACCGCGGACGGACACUGCGUUUGUCGAGACGGAUGGGGGGGCGUCGACUGCGGCGACGUCGACGGAGACGCUCGCGCGUUGCGCGCGACGAUGGUCAACGCCGCUCUCGUCGCUUGCGCGUUGGUCUUCGGGUGUCUGGUCGGGACUGGUCGUUUCGUGCGUUGCCUCGGUCUCGCGCGCGAUCGCCGACCGACAGCGCUCGAGGAGCUCCUGAUCCAAGGCGAAAGCGGCGAAGAACGCGACGGAAACGAGUUCGACUUUGAAGCGGACGACCUCUCGACGUCGGACGAGAGCGAGAGGGACGGCGGCGGCGACGACGACGACGACGACGGAGACGACGACGACGACGGAGACGACGACGACGACGGAGACGGCGGCGGCGCGGGAGACGGCGGGGACGGCGCCGUGGAGGAGGGGGACGCGAGCGAACCCGCGACCGAAUCGGACGCGACCAAACCCUCGGGCGCCGGCGACGAGCGCAAGGGCGCCGCGAUCGACGCGCACGGCGGCGCGGAUCCUCGAUCGCAGGACGCGAUGGAGUGCACCGUGUGCAUGUCCGCUCGAGUGCAGACGGUGUUGAUACCGUGCGGGCACGCGUGUCUGUGCAGGAAGUGUGCGCGGAGGAUUCGCAGGUGUCCGUGUUGCCGAACUGUCGUCGAACGAAGGCAGAAGCUUUACCUCGGCGCAUGACGCGGACGACGGAAGAUCACCCUGAGGGCGCUUUAGAGUUGAAUACGAUCUUAGAUCCUAUUGCA